CUCAAUCACCCGGAACUAGGGCUUUGUCUCCUUUUGUUAGGACAUGGUGCGGACUAAAGCAGACAGUGCCCCAAGCACCUAUAGAAAAGUGGUGACUUCCCACGCCCCCAGGAAGGUGCUUGGCUCCUCCACCUCUGCCAUCAACACUACAGCUCCUUCAUCCAGGAAAGCUGAAAACAAGUAUGCAGGAGGGAAUCCAGUUUGUGUACACCCAACUCCCAAGUGGCAAAAAGGAAUUGGAGAGUUCUUCAGGCUGUCUCCUAAAGGUUCUGAAAAAGAAAAUCAGAUUCCUGAAGAGGCAGGACCCUGUGGCUUAGGAAGAACAAAGAAAAGAACAUGUCCUUUGCAACCUGAUCACUCAGAUGAUGAAAAAGAAUAGAACUGUAUUAUUCAUCUUUGAAUAAUGUCUGGUGUUUAAUCUGGUAUCCUAGAAGUUUGUGAAGAUGUUUGUCCAAAUGGCUUUCUUAUAUAGGCAUUUAAUUUAAAAAGUGAGGCUAACAAUUGUUCAAAAGUAAGUAUUUGUGAAUUGAAGAAUUUGUAAAAUAAUUUCAGCUCAGUAUUCAAUUUAAUGCAAUAUGUUGUUUCUUUGACUAGUAUUAAGCUUCUGUUUUCAUCAAAAAUCAGAUUUUAUCAUCUAAUUACUAAUUUGCUAUUUUGAGGUUUAAAUCUUUGUACUGAUGCCAUUUUUGUGAACAAUUAGUUAUUGGAAUUGGGCCAUAUUUCUAUUCAUUGUAUUUGCUUUAAAAGAAAACAGACUUUUACACAUCAAAGAAUUCAGUACUAUUUAAAUUUAGAUGAAAUCAUUUUUCAGAAAGAGGCUAAAGACAUAAUGUUGAAAAAAUGAUGGGUAUCUCUUUAAAAAAUGUUCAAGACAUUUUGGUCUUAAGUUUAAAUGAAUGAUAAUGAACACUUCUAAAAUGUCAGUGAAAAGAUU